AUGUCCACUACGGAAGCGACACCAACGAUCCACGUCCUCGGAGUGUCUUCCGAGGACGCUUCAGGGUCGCUGUUCUCGAGCCUGCAUGAGGACGCAAAAUCCAAUGCGUCCCCUCAACUCAGGCUUCACGGCCGGAUUGCCGUGGUCAGAACUCAAGACGCGUCGUUCGACCAAGUCAAUGUCCAAGUCCACGGCGCGAUCCGCAACAAGAUCGGCUCUAAGGUGGCGGUCGAAAGGUUCUCGUCGUCGACGGAAGAAUUCAGCGUGCUCGAUUUCAAACCUGCAUACUCCGCCUCCUCUCACCGGGACACGCAGUCGCGAGAAGAGCACCUCGACUUUUCGUGCCUCGUACCGACUGUGUCCGGCCGGCGAAGCGUACACAAACGCGGCGGCAACAACGACGCCGAGGAAGACAAGGAUGACGAAGUGGUCGGCGCCGGUGUCGUGCCUGCUACGACGACGACCCGUGGCCACCACCGCCGCCACCAACACGACGGCUUCAUCCCUUCAAUGUCCAUUUCCGGCUCGACGUACGUCACGCGCGUCACGGCCAUCAGGGACCGACACCUCGUCCAAGGCUCGUGCGAAGUCAUUUACUGGCUUGAGGCCGUGUUCCUGGACUCGCGACACAAUCAGAACAGUCGUGUGGUCGUCCGCCGCUUGACGUGUCCCGUUGAUAUCUCGUCUCCCAACACACCAUUGCAAGUCGAACUCUCACCGUCGUCGUCAUCGUCACCCGACAGGUGCAACAAGAACACGAGUACGAGCGCGGCGGGUACGAGUGGCAUCAUCACCCAGAUCGCAAAGCCUCGUGCUCAUCCUCAUUCAUGGACGAAGUCGUUACGUUGUCUCUCUUCCCAGUCACAGCCUGAACUAUCAGUCACGCUGUCCCACACGCUAGGCCAUAUUGUCAGCGACUCGACUCGACUAGCCACUGGGUGUCGACGACUAUCGAUACCUGUCUCCGUCAAUGUCGGACUCCCCACGCACACACGUGCUCGUCCUUCUCCUUGCCCUCGACAAGCAACGCGGAGCUUGUCUUCGACUACCGGUGGCCCUGGCCCUGGCCCUACAGACUCGUUAAAAUGCUCGAUCAAGUCGCAAUGGUACACUCGCCGUUCGUUCAACACCGAAGGAUCCUCUCGAGGAGCAGCCGGCGGCGUCGGGCCGUCGAUCGCUUCCGACACCGUGUCGACGCACAAGACCACUCUCGUCUUGCCGCCCCUGUACAGGGAACCCGACGACGACUCGACGUACACGACGUCCGUGGACCUGAACGUCCUCCUGCCCGAGUCGUCGACCGUCCCGUCCGUCUCGUCCGACGUCUUGAGCGUCAGCCACGAUCUCGACCUUGCGAUACAAUUCGAGUUCGUCGACGGCAGUGGUGUCAAGACCGCGUACACUGCAGACUUCCGAAACCUCCCCGUCACGCUGCGCAUGGCUGAGCUGCCACAAGACGUCCUCACGCAAUGUACUUUUGACGACCCACUACUGGGCUAUGUCGAAGACGACGUCCGGUAUGCACCACCACCUUAUAUUUGUUGA